UUUUUUUUUUUUAUCUGUCUUCAUAUCCAAUGGAAUGGCUUUGAAUAGACCAGAAUAUCGCGAACCGAAGAUACCUAGGGCAGUAGUGGUAUACACCAUUGCUCAAGAGUCACGACAUAUUAUUAUUAAAAACAUCCCAGCACUCAGUGGUGAAGAAACAACCAUUCAACAUUUGUUAUCGAAAUGUAGUCUCUAUGGAACAGUAGAAAACUCGCAGUCAUUGAAUAGAAUCGAAGAAGCAUCUCCAUCGUUUACUCUGCCGCCACUUUUAGUUACCUAUUCCAACAUUGAUGAAGCUCGCUUAGCGAAACGAAAAAUGGAUGAUAAGGUAUUUUAUGCCAAUUUACUUCAAGUGUAUUAUGCUCCCCAAUAUGAUACGGUGGAAGAUCUUCGUGUCAAGUUUGAUAAGAGGCGUACAGCAGUAACAGAUACUUUAUGGAAAAUCAACAAUAGUAGAAGGAAAAAAAGAGAUCAAAAACGACAGGAUGACACAACAAAGAUGGAUUGGAUAGGACAAACGGAUCUUGUUUGGUGUGAAGCCUCACAGGAUGAUUUAGGAAACAGUCAAGAACAACUAGGAGUACAACUUAUGGGAAUACCAACUGGUGAUACAGAAAAAUCUUCAAAGAUUCAAUUCACAACAAAACGACGUAGAAUAUAAAUGAUGAUGAUUAGUAUAUAAUAUUUUGUAGUAUAGAUGGUUAGUUAGAAUGCGAUAUAUAUAUAUAUUUAUUGAAAUGAUCCAAUAUGAAUAAAAAAAAA